AUGGCCGUCUUGUUGUAUUGCUAUGGUUCUUUGGUGAGGGGGCUUUACUUCACCAACACCUUUUGCCAAGAAAUAGACACAGAAAGACGUGCUGAGAAACGAAAACUUGUCAUCACAUUUAUCUUGUAACCGUCGUAUUUUUCCUCGGUUACACACUAACUGCAGUUUCUUACGCGUUCAUUACAACAGAAGAGGAAACGCUAGAACUCACAUUUUACGAUCAGUUUACUUCCGUGGCUGAUUUUGUGUUUGUUUGCAGUUCAUGUUUUAACCCCAUUAUUUACGCCUUUCGCAGCACUAGCUUUAAAGAAGGGCUCAAACCCACGAUUUUAUGUUGCAAUUCAUGCUAA